AUGAAUGGCCUUCUCUCUGCCAGAUUCAGCGGUCGGCGCCUGGCAUGGCCCGUCGGAACUGGCAUCUGCGUCGCCUACUCGCUGCAUUGCCGACAAACGCCCAACCACCUCAACUUUCAUCUGUCGCCACCCGCAUCACAAGCUUCUCACGCCCAGAGGCGCUCCUUUGGGGGCUUGAGUCCCGAUGCCAUGAGGCAGCUCUCAAGUGGCACUUUAUCUGGGUUCGGUGCCGGACUUCUGGUGGGCUUUUUGUCCCACACGUUGGUUCUGUUCGCCGGUUUGAUCAUGUUUACCUCUUAUCUUGCACACCGAUAUGGCUUGGACUUGCCGCGUCUUCUGGGCCUCAAGGAGCGACUGGGCAAGGCUGUUUUGGCAAAGCCAUUCAAUAACGCUGUAUUUCGGCUAUCGUUUGCUGCUACCUUUACUCUUGCCGCUUUCGUCCACUUCUAG